AUGCGCGGUGGAAAAAAAGUUUUUAUUGAGCCUCAUCGUCACGAGGGAAUAUUCCUAGCCAAAGGAAAGGAGGAUUGCUUGGUCACGCGUAAUAUUGUAGUAGGCGAGUCGGUUUACGGUGAAAAGCGCAUUAGUGUAGAGGACGAUAACGGUGAAAAAAUCGAAUAUCGCGUCUGGAAUCCAUUCCGAUCAAAACUCGCAGCAGGCAUUGUCAACGUUCUUUACUUGGGUGCCGCCAGUGGCACGACUGUUUCUCAUGUUUCAGACAUAGUCGGUCCUGAUGGUGUUGUUUACGCUGUCGAGUUUUCACACAGAUCUGGAAGGGAUCUGCUGAACGUUGCGAAACAUCGCACGAAUAUCGUGCCCAUCAUUGAAGAUGCCCGCCACCCUCACAAAUAUCGCAUGCUAGUUGGUAUGGUUGAUUGUAUAUUCGCGGAUGUCGCGCAGCCAGAUCAAUCCCGAAUUGUGGGUGUUAAUGCAGAUUACUACUUGAAAAACGGUGGGCAUACUGUUAUUUCGAUCAAGGCUUCUUGUAUUGAUUCGGUUGCUGCUCCCGAAGUGGUGUUCGCUAAGGAGGUUACUAUUGUUAAGUAUCCACUCUUUCAGGGCUCCUAA